AUGUACGGGUCUUUGGCAUCUUGGACUUUAGCCAUACUCACUUUAGUGACUGGCACCUUGGCUCAAGAUGCUUCGGCCAAUUACACCGAGCAGCUCCUGAGCUCAGGAACGAGCGAGUUCCCCUUCAUUUCCCCUUCGCUCAAGCUCAGAACGUGGCAGGAUGCCUACGAUAAGGCAACAACACUAUUGGCCACCCUGACCACUGAGGAAAAGAUCUCCAUCGUGGCCGGCGGCGAUGGCGGCAACUGGACCGCUUUGCACAACCUCGACUCGGCCACGAACCCUCUCACCUACUUCUAUGUUACGACGUGGCCCGCUGGCCUGGCGAUGGCCAUGACCUGGGACACGGCCGCCGCUCAGGGGCAAGGCCAGGGUGUGGGGGAAGAGUUCAAGGGCAAGGGCAUCAACAUGGCAUACGGGCCAACCUUGGAGCCUCUGGGACGCUCUGCCUGGGGCGGCCGAUCUGGCGAGACGUACGGCGUUGACAGCUACCAGGCCGGCAUUAUGGCCGGGUCAGUCGUCAAGGGAAUGUCGUCUGCCGGUGUCAUCGCCAGCGCCAAGCACUUCAUCCUCAACGAACAGGAGACCAACCGGAUGAGCACCGGCUCAGGAGGUGGUAUGGGUGGAGGAGCAGGUGGCGGCGCCCCUCCUGACGGAGGACUCGGAGGCAACAUGACUCUGACUACACGCCAGUCAACCACCACCCCUACCAACAGCACGGCCAACGGGACGACAUCCUCGGAUACCUCGGGCUCCUACAGCGUGACGAUUGGUGACAAGGCCUUCCACGAGACGUACCUGUGGCCCUUCUACGACACCAUUUACAACGGCAUGGGCGGCGCCAUGUGCGCCAUGAACAAGGUCAACGGCACCUACUCGUGCGAGAGCCAAGACCUCCUCGCCAAGUACCUCAAGGUCGAGCUCGGCUUCCCGGGCAUCGUAUCCGCCGACGUCAGCGCUCAGAAGACGGGCGUCAAUGCCGCCAACGCCGGCAUGGACCUCUCUUCCGCCCAGUACUGGUCCAACACGACGCUCGGCGCGGGCCUCGCCAACGGCAGCUUCACCGCCGACCGGCUCGACGACAUGGUCAUCCGCAACAUGAUGGGCUAUUUCCACCUGGGCCAGGACGAGGGGUAUCCGAGUCUCGCCGGCGCCACGGACCGAGUCGACAACCGCGGCAACCACAGCGCCAUGGCGCGGCGCUACGCCGCCGAGUCCAUCGCCCUGCUCAAGAACACGAACGGCGCGCUGCCCCUGACGAACAGGACCAGCGUCAGCAUCUUCGGAUACCACGCCGGCCCGCGGUACGUCGGCGCCAACACGGCCCUGGGCGUGUACGACGGCGAGCCGUCGACAAUGCAGGGCCACAUGGCCGUCGUCGGCGGGUCCGCCAUGGGCUCGCUCUCCCACCUUGCGACGCCCCUGCAGCUCUUCAACGAGCGGGCCGCCCGGGACGGCUUCAUGCUCCGCUGGUGGCUCAACGACACCGUCGAGACGACCUUUAGCGGCAUGGCCGGCUCCGGCACGGAGCUGACCGAGUCCACGACGGGUGUGGCUGCCGACUCGGACGCCUGCGUCGUCUUCCUUAACGCCUGGGGCGGCGAGGGCGCCGACCGUGAGGAGCUCCGUAACGCUGAGCAGGAUGCCCUGGUAGAGACCGUGGCGGGGGUCUGCGACAACACCGUCGUCGUGGUCAACACCGUCGGCCCGCGACUGCUGGACGCCUGGAUCGAGCACGACAAUGUCACGGGCGUGCUAUACGCCGGCGCGCUGGGCCAGGAGUCGGGAAACGCCAUCGACGACGUCCUCUUCGGUGCCGCCAACCCGUCGGGCAGGCUGGUGCACACGAUCGCCCGGAACGAGAGCGACUACAACCCGGAGACCGUCAUCAGCGCCACCGAGCUGGACCUCGACUUCUCGGACGGUAACUACAUCGACUACAAGUACUUUGACUACUACAACGUCACGCCCCGGUACGAGUUCGGGUACGGCCUGUCAUACACGACCUUUAACUACUCUUCCGCCGUCGAGGUCGAGGUCUCUGCUAAGCUCACCAGCGGAUUCGCCACGGGGGACCGGUCCAUCGGCGGACGUGAGGAUCUAUGGGACGUCGUUGCCACCGUGUCGACCAGCGUUUCAAACACCGGCUCGGUCAUCGGUGCCGAGGUCGCCCAGCUGUACGUCUCGUUCCCUGACGCGGCCGGAGAGCCGGUCAGACAGCUUCGAGGAUUCGCAAAGGUCACGAUCCAGCCCGGGGAGAGCGCGGAUGUCGCAUUCCCGCUGAGACGGAGAGAUCUGAGCGUCUGGGACGUUGCCGGGCAGGAAUGGAAGGUCGAGGGCGGAGAGUACACGCUGUAUGUCGGCGCCAGUAGCCGAGACUUCAGGGCACAGACGACGUUGAUGAUUUCUUGA